AUGGGGGAGCACAACCUGUCGCCUGGCGGCAAUGUUGAAGCCAACAUUGACGCGUUCCUACCCCAGGAUAGCAAGCCGUGGUGGAAAACACCUCAUCUACUUCGGCUUAAUUUCUUACUCACAGUGCCCAUGAUGACGGGGUACCUGAUUGGGUUUGACAGCAGUAUGCUCAACGGGUUGCAAUCGGUCCCUGUCUGGAAUGAAGAUUUUGGCCAUCCUCACGGAGUCCGCCUCGGCCUCUUGGGGACCAUGCAGGUCAUUGGCGCUGUUGCUUCCCUUCCCAUCUGUCCACCGAUUGCCGACCGAUUCGGCCGCCGACCUCCUGUUUUCGCGGGUUCCGCAGUUGCCUUGCUUGGAACCGCUUUGCAGUCUGCUUCCACUAGCUUUGACAUGUUCCUCGCCGGCAGAUUCUUUGUUGGCUUUGGAACGGGCUUGGUGGGAAUUGCUGCCAGUCCGCUGUUAGCCGAGCUAGCCUACCCAAGCCAUCGUCCUUUCUUGACAUCGUUCGGUUCGACAACUUGGUUUCUGGGAGCCAUCGUGGCUGCUUGGGCCACAUACGGCACCUUCAAGAUUCCUAACAGCUGGAGCUGGCGCAUCCCCUCCCUUUUACAAGCUAUACCCUCCGUCUACCAAGGCCUCUUGAUAUACUUCUUGCCGGAAUCACCCAGAUGGCUAGUGAGCCGUGGAAAGGUGUCCGAAGCCAGGGCUGUACUGAACAAAUAUCAUGCUGGUGAACAAGGCGAUUCGGAUAUUUCCCCAUUAGUCCGAUAUGAAAUGGUCGAAAUUGAAGCCGCUAUCGAACUCGAGAAGCUUCAAAACAAGCGGUCCUAUCUUGACUUCUUUGCCACGAAGGGUAACAGACAUAGACUGAUCAUUGCCGUCACCCUCGGUCUUUCGGCCCAAUGGGCUGGAAAUGCUCUCGUUUCCUUCUACCUGGUCGUGGUAUUAAGGAGCAUGGGCAUCACUGAUCCUGAGCAACAAAAUCUCAUCAAUGGCGGCUUGACCAUUUUCUGCUAUGGCAUCAACAUCAUUGGCUCUGCCAUGGUCGUCCGUGUUGGACGCAGGACGCUCCUACUAAGCGGUUUCGCCGGCAUGGCGGCAACCUACACCGUCUGGACCAUUCUCUCAUCUUUGAAUCAACAGACUGGCUUCACUAACGGUAGCCUGGGCACGGGUGUUGUGGCUAUGAUUUUUGUAUUUCAAUUCUUCUACAACAUGAGUAUCGGCCCCGUCCUCCCGACUUACAUCAUGGAGAUCAUGCCCUUCACGCUACGUGCCAAAGGCUACAUGAUUGAGCAGAUAUUUACCUACGGCGGAGGUCUCUUCAACGGGUUCGUUACCCCCAUUGCCAUGGAGGCCAUCUCCUGGAGAUACUACAUCGUCUGGAUCGUCAUGCUGGUGGUGUGGUUCUGUCUGGUUUUUAUCUUCUUUCCAGAGACAAAGGGACGCACGCUCGAAGAGGUCGCCCAGCUGUUUGAUGGAGUUGAUGUCAGCGGAAAUGCUGUUGCUCAUGUCAGGGAGAAGGAGAAUCACAUAAACGAAGUUGAGGCCGUUUAA